UGCAUCGGUAGGCGAAGGAUCUAAAGGUAUGAAUAAUUUUGAAUAUGUGAGUGAAGGAAGGAACCUUGUAUCAGAAUCUUCAAGUAGUACAGCUAAAUGGAAAAGCGAGUUACGUAAACCGCAUCGGAUCUCGAACUGGUUUAUUCCAAAGACUUAA